AUGCCUCACGCUAUUGGGCGCCAAUUAAUUUGUUGUGUAAUUCCGUCACUCACCGGAAAGCUGCACGGCCUCGCCUUCCGAAUUCCCACACCAAACGUCGCGAUUGUCGACCUAAACGUACGAUUAAGGAAGGAGACCACAUACGAAGAAAUCAAAGCCAAAGUCAAGGAAGCGUCCGAGGGCCCACUUAGAGGCAUCCUAGGCUACACCGAGGAGGAAUUAGUUUCGUCGGACUUUAACGGCGACACACAUUCGGCAGUUUUCGACGCGGAAGCCGGAAUACACCUAUCAGAUAACUUUGUCAAAUUGGUCGCGUGGUACGAUAACGAAAUUGGUUAUUCACAUCGCGUUAUUGAUUUAAUCACGCACAUUCAGACAAAAGACGAGGAGUACGCUAACGGAUCAUUUUAUCAGUCCUGUGAGGUUUAAGUAAUUUAUUUUAGUAUUUAUCAUUUACGUACGUUGUUUGUUUUAUAUUUAUUAGUCGAUAAUGUGUAUGAAUGCUCCCUUUUUGUUCGCUGUAGGUGUAUAUGAUAUUGCAAUUACAUUCUGAGAUUAAUUUCAAUUUUAAUAAAAAUUUCACGAAGAA